AUGCCCAGAAAAAGGAUGUACUGGGAAACAGCAAAAGACACGCACAAUAUUUUGGUUUCAGAGGCAAUGUCACGAAACAGAUUCGAACAUAUCUUGUCUAACAUACACUGCUGUAAUAAUGACGAACUCAAUCCAACCGAGAAAUUUGCUAAAGUAAGACCUCUUUUUUGCGAUAUCAAUGAGAAAUUUAUGUUAUUCGCUCCUGUAACAGAAAAUCACUGUGUUGAUGAAGUCAUGGUGCCCUCGUUGGUCGUCAUGGCUGUAAACAGUUCAUUAGAGUUUGGAAUGAACCCUAUCAAGGGGCAAGUUCACUUAUUAACCCACAAUACAAAUGUUUUGGACUUGGCGGAUCUGUGUCUACCUCUUAUCGACGAACUCACAAAACGAAACGUCAAGGCCUGUGGAACAAUCAGGAAAAACAGAAUUGCAAAAUGUCCUUUGGCAUCUGAUAAUGAAAUAAAGAAACAAAGACCUUCAUCUAGCCAUAAAAUAACUACAAGCAACGACAUUCAAGUUGUAAAAUGGUCCGACAACAACAUAGUCCUAAUGGUAUCCAAUCAGCAUAAUGUGGAGCCAUUCCAUCACGUUAGCCGAUUUUCCCAAAAAGAAAAAAAGAGAGUUACUGUUCCACAACCAGAGUCAAUAUACCGUUACAAUACAUGA